UCACUGAUCUCUCCGUCCGCCAUUUUACCCAACGCGGCAGUUUUCCUGUGUGGAAGUCUUCGACCUUUUAUAACCGGUGUCAUACAGUAUUUCAACCCUUUAACAUCGGAUCAAACCCCAUAUUCUCCAACAUGCAGAUAGAAGAGCAGACUGACUUCAGCACCGACGAGUUUCCAGAGGGAUCCAAAAUAAACGCGAGUAAAAACCAGCAGGAUGACGGGAAAAUGUUUAUUGGUGGACUCAGUUGGGAAACCAGCAAGAAAGACCUUAUGGACUAUCUGUCCAAGUUUGGAGAAGUCCUGGACUGCACUAUUAAAACAGACCCCAUGACUGGACGCUCCAGAGGCUUUGGAUUUGUGCUCUUCAGAGAUGCUGAGAGUGUUGAUAGGGUUUUGGAGCUGAAGGAACACAAGCUGGAUGGCAAACUGAUUGAUCCCAAGAGAGCCAAAGCCAUGCAGGGCAAGGAACCCCCUAAGAAGGUUUUUGUCGGUGGUCUAAGUCCAGACAUUUCUGAGGAACAGGUCCGGGAAUACUUUGGAGCUUAUGGUGAUAUUGAGAACAUUGAGCUACCCAUUGACACCAAAACCAACGAGAGGCGCGGAUUCUGCUUUAUAACAUAUGUUUUAGAGGAGCCAGUUCAGAAACUUCUAGAGAACAGAUAUCAUCAAAUUGGAUCAGGAAAGUGUGAAAUCAAAGUUGCCCAGCCUAAAGAAGUUUACAGACAGCAGCAAAACAGAGGGGACAGGGGCUUUGGAGGAGGAAGAGGAAGAGGAGGCCGUGGAAGAGGAGGACAGAGUUAUAAUCAAGGGUACGACAACUACUACGGCCAGAACUAUGGAGGCUAUGGCAGUGAAUACAACCAGGGCUAUAAUGGAUACCCUAGCUAUGACUAUUCAGGAUACAACUAUCAAAAUUAUGGAUACGGCCAAGGCUAUGAUGAUUUCAAUGGUCAACAAAGCAGUUACGGCAAGGCCUCACGGGAGGGCGGAAACCAUCAGAACAGCUACCAGCCGUAUUGAUGAAGUGACUAAAAAUGUUCAUAUUAAUGGCGGGGACUUCAUUGCAGGCCGUGUGUCACCCGAGCACGACAUUCUCUGGGCGUCGCACAUAGCGGGCAGAGAGCACGGCAUGCACAAGAAAGCACUGUCCAGUGGUAUGGUCUCUUCCAACUUCCUGUACCAGCGUAAAACAAACAAACAAAACAAAAAAGACAAAAGGAGAUUUCCCCCAUUUUGCUUAAGUUGUCGGCUCUUUUAACAGUUUAAAAUGUGUUUUUUACAGGUAUUUAUUAAUGUAACCUAAAAGUGAUUGAUAACUGCUUUGUUGUAUUCUCUUUUUCAAUUUUAGUGCUCUUGUAUUUCAGUUGUGGAGCUUCAGUGAAAUUAUUUUUGGGGUUUUGUCCUUAAAACAGUCACCUCCAUUGUAAAUUGCAUAAACUCAUAAUGCUUGCUUUUUCUUUAGAGCCCCUAGAGAACUUCAAAUGGGUACACCAAGUCUUUCCCUAAAACGUAGUUUUUAAAGAUCAUAUGUAUAGCGGGUUUAUGAAGCCAUUAAAAGCUGUUGAAAAUCUGGAUUAGACAGGUUAACUGAUUGGCUGUGUUAAUUACCUCAAUUUUCAGUAUAAAACACAUUUGGAUUCGCUCCUUAAUGAUCAGAUUGUCGACUAACCACGUGGAGCUGUAGCUUUUGUUGGCUUAUGAGCUGUUGUGUGAUUUCUUAAAAAGUUAAACAUAUGAUCUUUAAUAUUUAAUGGUGAUUUUCCUAGUUUAAAAUCGACAGCUCAAGAAGUUAAACAAACAUGGACGUGCUGUUUUCUUGGUCUAUAAAUCGGAAUAAUUCAUCUUGUGUAUCUUCUCUUUUAGGUCGGCAGGCUGGCUUGAGUGUUUGACAUUGUUCCUCGGAGGCAGCGUGUGGAAUCCUGUCCUUAAACAACUAUUAAAAAAAGUUAUUUGGUCCUCUGGAGAAACUUUGUGUCUAACCUUGUAAAUAGCGAGGCGUUUUGUUUCAAAGUUUGGCUUAUUCCGUGCUUCAUUCUGAUCAAACCUGUAGGUUUUGUGCUGUGUUCUUAAGUCUUGUUUAGGAAAGUGUCCUUUAUUUUGUAUUUUAGUUAUUUUCCUGCAGUUGUUUUGGAUAAUGGGAUUAAAAAAAUGGGGACAAUA